CUCAGGCGUUGUCCAGUUGAACAUAUAAGCGUGAAUCCACGACCAAGUUCGAUUGCCGUAGAGCGUCCAUGACGAAAGCCCUUGUCACUGCGCAGUAAUAUCGUGCCGUGACUUGGCGUGUUGCGCGCCACCUUGGACGUCGGCUUGCAGAGAUGUGGUGUUUCAGUCAUUUAACGGCUGUACUAUCAAAUUGAGGACUACUGCCAUGUAGCCCAGCCACGAGCCCGAUGGUCACCCAGGAAUACCACUCUGCUGCUAUGAGCCGGCAGGGCAGAGGAGCUGGCAGUUGUUCUGCCGAGUGACGCCUAUUCGGAGGUUUGCCAUCGCUUUCCACUAUGUCAGGGGCGCCUCCAUAUAGAAGGGUUGCAGCAGAACUCGCGUUACGGUGUCAUCUCUUCAUAUCUGUGUCAUUGGCUGCACAUGGGUGCUCCUGUGCUCAAGACAUGCACCCGUCUGUCAUCAUUCGUAACAUAUUUGGUUACGGCAGAGGGCAUAUCAUUUGGUUAGCUUUGGCUUGAAGAUCAACGAAUGACUGUAUCCAAUGCUCACUUAGCAAUUGGCAAUGCCUGACAGGUUAUGUCGAAGGUAGUGAUGGAAAGUUCUUGAAAAUUGGGUUGCUGCUUUCCCGGGAACAAAAUGCAAUGCAUCGUUGCUUGCGGUAUGUUAUGUUCUCCUAUUGGAGCGUUGCAAGUCUUCGUUGCAGCAUGAGCGGAGUGAACCAGUCAUGAUUGGAACCGAAGACGACAAUUGUCCUGGGCCCUCAAGGACACAACCCAAAUCAAGG